AAGGAACAGAGUUUCGGGAGAGCAAGAGUAACAAGUCUGUCAGAGCUGGGCGUUAGAGGAAUUUAACCUGUUACCGUGGACGGCACAUUUCGUUAUAUUUGUUCUACCUUGUUUUUUCUCUAGUGUUUCAGACAUUUUAAAUAACCAGUAAAGAUGUCUUUCAUGGACGAUUCAUCCUCCACUAAAGUGACUCGCGUCUCUAGGACAUACAAUGUCUACAGAGGAUCUUCUCCUUCUUCACAAAACAGAUUAGAGAGUUCUGGUCCAGGAUCCUCGUCACGAAUUGUGAAGAAAAAAACUGUAAUAAUAAGCGGAGAUUCAUCACAUAGCGAUGUUUCUGAUUCAACUAGAGUAAUCCAAACAAAAGACGUGUUUCAUAGGGACGCAGAGCUUCGCUAUCAGAGUCGUAUCAGGGAACUAGAAGAUGCGCUUGAUGGCGAAAGAGACAUGCGCCUCAGGUUUGAGAAACAGUGCGCCGAAUAUUCCUUCCAGGUCGAACAGCUCUCAGACAGACUCGAGGAAACCGGCGGUGCAUCGAGCAUCCAGGCCGAAAUGGUAAGAAAGAAAGAUCAGGAAAUAACAAAAGUGAGGAAAGAGAUGGAACUGUUGGUUAUCCAAUUCGAAAGCCAGGAAUCUAGUUUGAGAAAGAAAUAUACUGAACAAACCAACGACCUUUCUGACCAAAUCGAUUAUCUCUCCAAAACCAAAAUCAGAGUUGAGAAAGAGAAGAGCCAGUUACUCGUUGAGAUCGACAACUUGCAAGGAAUCAACGAAGCUCUUUCCAAGGGCAAGGCUUCAGCUGAUGCUAAGGUAGAAGGACUUGAAGGAUCAUUGGCUAGAUUGAAGGCCCAGGUCGAUGACCUUACCAGACAAUUGAACGAUGCCAAUGCAGUUAAAGCCCGUCUCACAAAGGAGAACUUCGACCUUCAGCAUAUCAACCAGGAAUUGGACAGUGCCAACGCUGCUCUUGCCAAGUCUAAACAACAACUCCAGGUCUCAUUGGACGACCUCAAGAGAAACUACGAUGACGAAUCCAGGCAAAGACAGAACCUCCAGGUACAACUCGCCGCACUCCAAGCCGAUUACGAUAACUUGAAUGCCCGCUACGAGGAAGAGUCCGAAAAUGCCUCCAUGUACAGACAACAGUACAGCAAGCUUCAAACCGAGUUCCAGGCUAUGAAGACCAAGUUGGAAAAGGAUCUGAUGACCAAGACCGAAGAAUACGAAGACCUCAGACGCAGAUUGAGCGUAAAGAUCCAGGAACUCGAAGACAUGCUUGAGCAACAGAGACAGAGAGCCGCCAACCUCGAGAAGGCCAAGAACAGGCUGACCAUUGAACUCCGUGAAGUCACCAUCGAACUCGAAAACACCCAGAUCAUCGUCCAGGACCUCACCAAGAGAAACAGACAGUUGGAGAACGACAAUGCCGCCCUCCAGAAACAGAAUGCCGAUCUUGCUGCUGAGAACCAGGCUCUCCGUGCUGACAAGGCUGCUCUUGAAGCCGAAGUCUACAGACUCAAGGUCCUUGUUGCUGAACUCCAAGAAAAGAAUGCCAACUUGGAACGAGAGAAUAAAUCACUUUCGGACCAACUUCGUGAAGCUAACAACGCCUUGAAGGAUGCCAACAGAAGAAUCAAUGACUUGACCUCCGCUAACGCCGCUCUUACCGCUGAACGCGACAACCUCGCCGCAGCUCUCCGUGACACCGAGGAUGCACUCAAGGACGCAGAAAACAAACUUGCCAACGCCAAUGCUGCCCUUCAGGCCCUCCGUGCUGAAAUGGAACAGAGACUUCGCGAAAAGGAUGAGGAAAUUGAAGCUGUCAGAAAGAGCGGUCAACGCGCCAUUGAAGAACUCCAGCGCACCCUGGUGGAGGUUGAGACCCGCUACAAAUCCGAGAUCUCUCGUCUCAAGAAAAAAUACGAAACCGACAUUCGUGAGCUUGAAGCUGCCCUCGACAACGCCAACAGAGCUAAUGCUGAAUACCUUAAACAGAUCAAGUCUCUCCAAGCCAGAAACAAGGAACUUGAAGCUGCCCUUGAAGACGCUAGCCGUCAACUUGAUGACUGCCGCUCUCAACUUUCCAUUUCUGAGAGGAAGCGCAUUGCUUUGACAACCGAGCUCGAGGAUGUUAGAACACUUCUUGAAUCUGCCGAGAGAGGCCGCAAGAACGCUGAGAAUGAACUCCACGACGUAACUGUCCGCCUGUCCGAAGUCACCAUUCAAGUCACUGCCCUCACAAACGACAAACGCCGUAUGGAAGCUGAUAUUGGUGCCAUGCAAGCCGACCUUGACGAUGCCCUCAACCGCUGCAGCGCUGCUGAGGAACGUUCUGAUAGACUGCAAGCUGAAGUGAACAGACUCGCCGAGGAACUUAGACAAGAACAAGAGAACUACAAGAACGCCGAAUCCCUCCGCAAACAACUCGAGAUCGAAAUCAGAGAAAUCACCAUCAGACUCGAGGAGGCUGAGGCAUUCGCCACCAGAGAAGGCAAGAGGCAGAUCGCUAAACUUCAGGCCAGAAUCCGUGACUUGGAAGCUGAAUAUGAAGUUGAACAACGUCGUGCACGUGAAGCUCAAGCUGGUAUGCGUAAGGUCGAACGCCAGUACAAGGAAUUGUUGGCCCUUAUGGAAGACGACAAACGCCGUCUUGCUGAGCUCACAAGCUUGAACGAUUCUAUGACUCUCAAAAUCAAGACCUACAGAAGACAGAUCGACGAGGCGGAAGAGGUAGCCAAUAUUGCCAUGAACAAAUACAGAAAAGCCACCUCAUUAGUAGAAGAGGCUGAAUCUCGUGCCGACAACGCCGAGAAGAACCUACAGGUUGUUCGCCGUUCAAGAUCUAUGUCCGUUUCCAGAGAAGUUAGAGUUAUUAAAAUGUAAAUUUAGAGUUUUAUUAAGACAUUUUUCCAAUUUUAAAGAUCUUUCGGAUCAAAAACAUUGCAAGUUGUGUAAAUGUUUAAUAUGAAUGUGACUUCAUAAGAUUCCCCCGUUAUGAAAUGGCUAUUUACUACAUUUGUUGAACAAAAUGAUAUGUUGGUGCUAUGCAAGAUGCGUGCUCAAAAUCUUUCUUUAAUUCUACAUCGGCGCAAGACUUGUUCCAAACUUUACUACCAACAAGGGAAAUAAAGAACAACUUCUCUGGAAAGGACACCAAGAUCAUUUAAUUAAGAGUACCAGCGACAGGACACGCGCCGAUGACGUCAUCUGUCAUAAUGCUUCAUCGAUGUUUCCAUGCAUGCGUUAAAGACAGGGAAUAUUAUUGACGAUCUUAACACUUGUGCAUAUUAUAUUGUUAUGUAAUUUAACUUAAAUGCGAGAAUAUUCACCUCUGAUGAAUUUCUCAGAUUAGGCCGUGUGCAAUAAAGAUAUAGAUAAUUAUUUGUUUGCGAUUUGUGAUACAAUGGAAAGACUUGGAUCGUAUGUUGUAUGUAUUUAUUUUUGUUAUUAUUUACAUUAUUAUAGUUAAGAUACUGCUUGAAUGGUUAAGACAUGAGAUAUAAUAUUGUACAGACCUGGGAUGUUAAAGUCGUUGAUACGUGUCUCCUUGUCUCAGUUUGGUUUCCUCUCUGCUUCCGGUUCAUCACGUGUCGUGUCACGUGACGUGACGUAUUGUUGCGACUUCAUCAUCAUUUCACAUUUUCUUUUUCUUAUUUAAAAACAGAUUAAUAUAUAGAACUAUUUUCGGUUUUGAUGGGUAAAUAAGGAAGUUUUCAAAAUCAGUCUCUUGCAAAUCAAAGAAUUUAUGUUUGUUUACAUAAAAUGUCAUUGAAUUUUUGCAGAGAUAAAAUAAAUCGUACGUUGCUGCUUUGAAA